UCAUCGAUUAUGUAACACAAACCCUCGAAGCACGGACGAAUCAUUGAUGGUUGAUUUGAUUGAUAAGUCAUAAGGUGGGGUACGUACUGGGUAGGGAGCUUCAAGUCUCGGUUUGGGACGGUUGCUUGUCUGUUUGUUUGUUCGGUUUCUUUUGCAUAUUUUAUAUAUAUACCACAUAUAGUUCAUAAAUGCUUUCAAGAUUAUCGAGUGCUGGGAUCAACCGAUCAUUAGGUAUUUUUGAGAGAAGUUUGUUUAAAAAUAUCGCACGUACCGGGAUUAACACGAGGACCGAAACGCAAAGAUACAUACAGGGAAUAGAAAAACAGAAACGCAGGAUGCAUAUUCAGAGUAUUCCGAUGUGGGAGGGGACCUCGAAUAAUUAUGCGUAUUUGGUGGUCGAUGAGGGGAGUAGGGAUGCGGUGAUUGUUGAUCCGGCGAGUGCGGGGGAGGUCGCACCUGUUUUAAAGGAUCAAAUCAAGGAUGGAAAAAUCAAUUUGGUAGCAAUUGUCAAUACACACCACCAUUGGGAUCAUGCAGGAGGAAAUAACAAAAUACUUGCCGAUCCAGAAUUCAAAGGAAAACCUGUAAUUGGAGGUAAAGAUUGUGAGGGAGUUACAAAGACACCCAAGAAUGGAGAGGGUUUUACAAUUGGAGAGAUAAAUGUUAAGGCACUUUAUACACCGUGUCAUACACAGGAUAGUAUCUGUUGGUUUAUGGAGGAUAAGAGUGGAAAGGCAAUCUUUACGGGUGAUACUUUGUUUCAUGGAGGAUGUGGAAGAUUUUUCGAAGGAACCGCAGAGGAAAUGCACACGGCCCUUAACAAGACACUUGCAGCUGUACCAGAUGAUACAGUUGUUUAUCCUGGCCACGAAUACACAAAAGCCAAUGUCAAAUUCGCCGUCUCGGUUUCCCAGAGUGAAGCCGUCAAGGCCCUCGAAGCUUUCGCAGACAAGAAUAAGGAAACACAAGGAAAAUUCACGAUUGGAGAUGAGAAGAAACAUAAUGUUUUUAUGAGAAUGGACGAUCCGGAGAUUCAAAAGGCUACGGGGAAAACGGAUGCUGUGGAGGUGAUGGCGAGAUUGAGGGAAAUGAAGAAUAAUUUUAAAGAACCAAUGGCUAAAUUUUGAUGAGGUGAUAUGUGAGGGGAGGAGGUUUUUGGGAUUGGGAAUGGGGAAUGGUGGAAAUGCAAAUGAAUAUGUAAAAUGAUUUAAAAACUGGCAUGCAAUAUAUACCUAAGGACUUGUGUCAUUAAAUGAUAUCUGAGUAUAUAUUCUAA